CAACAUGUCUCCCUUUGUCAAACUCAGUGGGGCGGCGCGACCCAAAAAAUAAAUAAAGCGAAAGUAAAAAGCGAAGGAGGAAGUUGACCGACUCGAACGCGCUGCUCUCCUUGUUGUCCGUCCGCUGUGGUCUACGGUCUGUCCAGAACCACCUUAACACUAAGAGGUCUACGCUUUGUAGUGUUGGUUUCAGCCCAAGUUGUCAUACUUGUUGUCGUCAAAGAGCCGCCAACAUGUCCAAAGCGGUAGUUUUGAAGAUUACAAAGGCCAACGCCGUUAAGGUUGACAGCUUUCGUCAAUCCCUUUAUGCCGAGGCUGAAAACCUAUUCUGCAACCAUAUCCCAACAAAGAUCAUGCAGCUAGACUCCCUCCUCAAGGAGGAUGUGCUUAGCAUCACAGACAUGACGUCCAUUCAUGCGCCUCUGGACAUUCCCAUCCCAGAAGCCCCCACCCCAGAGGAAGAGGAAAUGGAGACCGACAACGAGGAUGAGAAGAAAAAGAAGAAGAAAGCACCAAAGUGUGGUUUCAUCAAGGGGAACGAGAAGAUCACCCUGCUUCUGGACAGACUGAAACCAGAGAUCGUGUCCUUCAGGGAGACGAUCAUCACAGUGUCAUGCUGGAUUCAGCACCUUAUCCCAAAAAUAGAGGAUGGAAAUGACUUUGGGGUGGCUAUCCAGGAGAAGAUCUUGGAAAGAUUAACAGCAGUCAAGACCAAGGUAGACACAUUCCAGAUCAACAUAAACAAGUACUUCUCAGAGAGAGGAGAUGCAGUGGCCAAAGCCUCCAAAGAAACUCACGUGAUGGACUAUCGCUCCAUGGUCCACGACAGGGACGAGGCCAUCUACGCAGAGAUCAGAGUGAUCAUCCUGGACAUCCGUGGUUUCUACGCGGAGCUGUACGACAUCAUCAGCAAGAAUGCAGAGAAGGUGACCAAUCCCAAAGGAGAGGAGAUGUCUUCCAUGUAUUAAAUCGCAGCAUAGGGGUUGCCAUAGCGAUGGUACUAGAAGUGUCAGUUAGAUUGCUUAAUUCACUGCUCAGCCUGACUGCCCAGCAACAUAUUGAACAGCCUUAACUGUUUCCCAGAAUGCAUCAGUUUAUACCAAUAAACCAUUCACUAGGUCUUGUGCUGUUUUGUAUAUAAUUCAAAUUAUUACCGGUACUUUCUGGGGGCAUGGGAAAUGUAUUAAACAGACAAAUAUGCAAUAGGACAAAAUUCAUACUUUUUAUACUUUCAGCUUCCUCAUUUUGUUAAGUCCUUAUAGUGAGGGAAGAACCUGAAUCAGUUUGCUUUUGAGAUCAAAAUGCAUUUUCACUCAAGGCUGUAAGGUGUCAAAGUUCAGUUGGAAUUUGAGCUCAAGUUCUGAUAACCACUUUAUUGGGCCACUCAUCAAUAAAUCACAAAUGAGUAGAUUAAAAUACUAAGCCAUUCGAAUAUAUUGUUUUAAAGUUUAUUUA